AUGACUUCGUCCCACCCUCAGGAUGGCCCCAGUGGUCACCUCAGCACACCGCAACCACACCCCGAGCCGCAAUCGCAGUCACAACCACAAGCCGAGUCGCGACCCCAGCCUGCAGCUGGCCCGCCGCCGACAUCAAAUGCCCCUUCACCAACCGAGCCCUUACACACAACCCACCCCGACGAUGCGAUAACCAUAGCGAACCAAGAAAUAUCGCCGCCCAGGAAUCUGCCCCCGUCAUCCGACCCACCGGCGAAUCCUGUCCAACCGUCCGCUCCCACAAGCGACGAGGCCCCUCCGCGCCGCCAUGCCGACCAUGAUCAAGAAACCACUUCCGCUGACCUUGUUCACAACUGGCUAAACAAGACUGACGAGCAACCACCCCAGCCGGACCAACCUAGCACCGCUCCGUUUGUUGCGCCACAAGAGGGUCCUGCUGCUGCUGCUGCUGCUGCUGCUACCGCCGACGAUGCGGCGUCAGUCGAUCCUCGUGCGGUCAACGGCCUCUCGAGCGACUUCGCCAACCCUCAUGUGCCCAUGUUGGAACAGGACAUGCCGCAGGCCUUCAUGGACGGACAACACUACCUCGGACCGAUGUACCUUCCUUGGCAGUUCCAGGACCCAACAUUCAAGCUCGAACCCAUGGCCUUCCACCCCGGCGUCAGCGUGCACGGUGCUGCUGACCCUGGUAUCUCUGAUGAUGACGAUGCCGCCUCACUUGACCAGCCAGAGUUAGACGGCGCCUGUUUCGACCGUAUGGCACGCCUCGAAUUUUCUGAUUCCUACGUCGAAAUCACAACAAAUACCACAAUAAUAGGAAGAGACCAGAGAGUCUAUAAGAAAGCCUUGCGGGACAAGAGAAUCGCCGAGGAGGGCGGCAAUGUGUCGGGGGUGGUCCCACAGAAGCGUGGCCACUACAGCAGAUCCUACGUCAGUCAGGAGGGCGGUGCUUUGGGCCCCGAGUCGGACGACGAGGGUAGAUCAAGGUCAUCUAAGCGCCGUAGAAUCUUGGACGACAGCUUUGACGCGUUGCCACCCAGGGCAGGGUCACCAUCCGCAGAUGACCAUCCGGUGCGUGAUAAGGUCAUCAGCAGUCGGCAAUAUCUCAUCGACCACACCCCAGGAGCGGUCCCUGUUGACAUGGAGAAUCUCCGCCCUUCAUCCGAUGACAUAGCCAGAAUAGACAUCCAUGGUGCCGGUCCUAACAUCAUCGAGACUUCCAAGGGUAUUUCGCGGGAUCACCUCAAGAUACAGUACGAUGAAGAAAACCGCCUCUGGAAGGCAACAGCCAUCGGCAGGAACGGCUUUUUUUGUGACGAUGUGCUCUACCGCAGGGACGACGUCGUCACACUCCGCUCCGGCGCUGAUCUUCAAAUCCAGGGUGUCGGCUUCAUAUUCACCAUCCACGGCGUUGAAGACGGGAAGUUUGGCAACGAAGAGCCCAGAGCCUACUAUGAAGGCGAUAAGAAAAUGAGCCUCGACUUUUCCAACUCCCGUUGCGAAAGCGACAUGCGAGACACAGAUGAUGAGGAAUCGCCACCCGCAAAGAACCCCAAUGUGACUCUCGACUCUGAUGACUCGGAUGAUUCAGAUGCCGACGCCGACAAAUCUGCUGUGCCCAAGCCAGGUGUCAAUGGCGGCCUUCCCAAGGCCCAGCCGGAGGAGCCUAUACGGCCAACGAUUGAAUCGGAUUCUGUCAAGGACACUACACAGCCGGUGGGACCGGAUGCACCACAAGCCAUGGUGCCUCCCAAGAAACGUGGGCCAGGGCGGCCCCCCAAAAAUGGCGUCAUGUCCAAGAGAGAGGAGCGUGAACUCAAGAAAAAGCGCGAAGAGGAAGACAAGAAGAACAACCCACCUCAGGAGAUGGGCGAGCCCCCCAUCAAGAGAAAGGUUGGGCGACCCAGGAAACAUCCUCGGCCUGAAGAUGAGGGUGACCAGCCGGAGAAGCGCAAAUAUAAACCACGCAAACCAAAGAACGAGGACGGGGAUGAAGAGGAAGAUCCAGAGGGCGACAAGACCGACAAACAGAAGCGACUUCAAAAGCCAAAAACCCCACCAUUAGACCUGGGCAAGAGGGCGGACUGGCCAGAAGAAAAGCUGCAAAAGCCCAACAAAAAUUACCAGAUGCUUAUUGACGAGGUGUUGACCGCGGCCCCUGACGGCCUCACACUCAAGCAAAUCUACAAGAGGAUCGCAAUGGCGUAUCCGCAUUUUCAUUUCUGUGUCGACACCAAGGGAUGGGAAAGCAGUGUGCGGCACAAUCUUAUAGGGAGUCUUUGCUUCGAGAAAAACCAAGAAACACACCUCUGGAAGCGGGUCCCAGGCAUUCCUCUGGAGUCGGGCAAGAAGCGGAAGCCAAGCGAUACUACCGCAGACUUGCGCCCUCAUCAGCCAAUGUACAACGCCCCUUUCAACGCCACACACAACUAUCAGCAACCACCGCCACCCCAGCAGUUCCCGAACCAACAGAUCGUCCCCGCUGGAGGUGGCCCUCAGAUGAAUGGGUUCUCUCAUCACUUGCACAACAAUGCCCAGCACGCUCUAACAGGACGACUUGGUCAGGGCCCGUCGGCCCCAAGUCAGCGCGCCCCAACCAUGGUUCAUUCGGGGCCCGCGGUGGAGUCAUCAUUGAGAGAGUUCCUCGACAAGUUCUCCAAAGAGGUUGUCAAGCAACUCCAAGGCCGGGUCAAACGCCCACGCGCUGUUGCAGUAUCCGUUAUCAAUCGUGGGCUAGGUCUGACCGACAUGAGCCUAGCGCCAGAGCACGAGAAUUUUGAGAAGGCAAUUAUCAACAUUUUCCAUACACACAAGUUAACCUACUCCAAGCCGAAGACCAUCGCAGCAUCAACAGCCGUGAAGGAGGCAGCGAGGCCCCAGGCCACUCCGACAGCGCCAACCGUGAAUGGGAACGCGUCCGCGCCCGGAUCGGCCUCAGCGGCACUUUCACCGGUACCAGCAACAUUGACUUCCGCUCCCGAUGGCUCUGGUCCUAGUGGCUCAAACCCCACUGUUACUGCUCCCAACAGUUCUGGCACACCCGCAAGUCAAGCCAACGGAUCUCUGGCUGCGACCGCCAGCACUCAAAAUGCCACCACUACGGGUGUAAACCUUGGACUUGGUCACAAUAACUCCUCGGCCACUGGCCCUGCCUCGGCCGGCCCCUCGGCACCUUCUGCUCUGGCGCCCACCCAUCUCCCUGGCGCUGGGAACCAAUCUGGAUCACCAAACAGUGUGCAACCCACUAGUGUCCCGUCUGUUCCAAGCCCUGUCCCCCACCGCUCAAGCGCGACGCCUGCAACAGGCACUCCUACCCCUGAUGUGGACAACGCGCAGCUCCUGGACCCAAAACUUGUCGACGUGAUCAAGCAGUACAAGGAACUGAGUCAGCAAGUACUGAAACCACAGCUCGGACCGCUCCACGCCGAGAUCCUGGUGAUGAGUGCGGUGAACCGUGUGCUCGGCUUCACAGAGGAGACAAUUGUUCCGCAGACCGCUCAAAAUACAAAGCUUGGCCUCAAGGAGGCGGAGGACGCGCUCAUGAACAGCCUCAGACCUCGAAUAGAUUCCUACCUCAGAAGCAAGCAGGCGCCUGCAACACCCACGCCUGCCCCCGUCCAUGGCGCAACAACCACCUCGGCAUUGCCAUUGUAA